AUGUUCGAGCUUUUCCUCCUUGCAAUAGCCACGCUGCUAGUCUCGUAUCUCUACGCAAGGCUGAGAUAUUGGCGUUUAAUACAAUAUGCGCAUAUUCCACAGUUGCCAAACCACCUUCUUUGGGGACAUCUCAAAGUCUUUGGCGAAUUCAUGUAUCGCGGAAUCCUUGACCGCCACCCAGACAAAAUCUUCGAGGAGAUGUGGGAAUCCAUAGGACGCCCCCCUAUAAUGCUUGUAGAUUUGCGGCCCAUCAACCCUCCAAUGGUUCUUUUACCUAGCCAUGAUGUCGCCGAGCAGAUAUCGAAGCCUACUAAGCUUUUCUCUCUGAGCGUGCCUAAGUCGCCAACUUGGACCCAUAUGAUUCCCCUCAUAGGUUCAACAUCAAUCCUAGGCAGAGAGGGUCGUGACUGGAAGAAUAUUCGCAAAAGAUAUAAUCCAGGGUUCACGACACAACACUUGUGGAGCCUCUUGCCCCUUUUACUCGAGAAAAUGGAACCAUUUUGGGACCGUCUGGAUCAACUCGCAGUAUCAGGGGAGGAAUUUUCCCUUGAGACGUUAAUAUCUAACUUAACCUUUGAUGUCAUUGGCGCCGCCGUGUUAGCAGUCGACCUAUAUGCUCAGAACAUAGAUCCUUCUAAGCAAGGCGAAAUAAUCCCUUUGUUCAGACAACUCGUCCAAACGUACAACGAUGAUAAGAAUAAUCUCCCGUGGUGGAUUGCCCCCUUUACAGCGUUUAAACGAAAGCAGCUAGCUAAGCGCAUCGAUAUAUUGAUCAAGAAUAUAAUACAACAGAAGUAUGCUGAAUUGAAAGAAGAGGCAGCCGGAAACAGAUGGCAGAGCAUCGUCGCGUUGGGUUUACAAGAAUCUGAAGCACUGACGCCCCAGCUUCUAUCGGAAACAUCAGACCAAGUGCGCAGUUUUCUAUUCGCAGGCCACGACACAAAUACCAGCGCCCUACAGUGGGCUUUCUACGAGUUGAGCCGCACGCCCCGCGCACUCAAAGCCGUACGAGACGAACUUGACGACAUUCUUGGACCUGAAUCAGACCCCCAAAUGAUAUGUGCUAGGCUUGCGCAUAAAGGCGAUAGCCUCCUGCCGCGUAUGCACUAUAUCAAUGCCGUCAUCAAGGAAACACUCCGCCUACACCCGCCUGCUGGUACCGUUCGAAUGACGCAGCCGGGGACCGGCUUCGCAGUCCGUGCGUCUACCGGCGAGGAGUACUGCCUUGACGGUCUUAUAAUGUAUUCGUGCCAGAGCAUUAUUCAGCGGGAUCGAGACGUCUAUGGGGAUACUGCGGAUGACUGGGUGCCUGAGCGAUGGCUCGACGAGAAAGCCAAGAGCAUCCCUCCCAGCGCGUGGAGGCCGUUUGAGAGAGGGCCGAGGGCUUGCAUCGGUACAGAACUCGCGAAUCUUGAAUCACGUGUCAUAAUUGCCAUCGUAGCUCGUAAAUACGAUUUUAUCAAGACGGGGUUAGGGGAAAGCGACCUCGAUGAGAAGGGUCGUCCUAUGUUAAAUGAAAAGGGGCAAUAUAAAUCCAAAUCCGAAUUAUAUAACACACGACGGAUGACAUCCCAACCGGUAGAUGGAACAACAAUGAAAGUUAAAUUAGCUACCAGACUCUAG